UAUAGUGCAAAACUAAGUGAAAAACCGCUACGCAAACGUUACGUUCUUUUGAUGUUUGUAUUUAUGAAACGACAUCUGACGAUCUGACGAUCAGUAGUUAAAGUCUUCUGAAAACAUGGAAGAACUUCAGCAGCUCGAGCAACUUUCUCUGGUAUCUAAGAUCUGUACUGAAUUGGACAAUCACUUGGGAAUCAAUGAUAAAGAUCUAGCUGAGUUUAUAAUCAUGCUUGGAGAAAGAAACCCCACCUUUGACAAGUUUCAGGCAGCUUUAGAAGAAAAUGGUGCUGAAUUUCCAGAGUCAUUUACCUCCAACUUGUUACGACUGAUUCAGAAGAUGAAACCUAAGCUAGACACAUCAGAUGAUCAACCAGGAACAUCUGUAGAUGACAACAAAGAAAACAAAGUUACAGCAGUCGUUGAGAAAAAAAGAACAGCAUUUCCUGGGCUUUGCAUCCCAGAUCAGCUGACAGAGGACACAAGUAAAAGCACUGAAGACGAUGAAAAAGUGGCAUCAACAGCUCUUGGUGAGUUGGAAGCUCUGAUGUCCAAAGCAAAACAUUCGUCAUCAGAUGCUGAUAGCAAAAAAGAACACAGACAAACACGGCAGCGAAGUAGAAGCAGAAGCAAAGAAAGAGGAAGAAGACGACCAAGAUCACGAUCACAAAGCCCAAAAGGAGACCGAGUCAGAAGGCAACGAAGCAUGGAUAGAAAUAGAGAAAGCGAUAGUUAUAGGAGACAAGAAAGAAGAAGGAAAAGCAGAAGCAGGUCUAGAAGCAGAGAAAGAGGUCGUCCAAGAGACAGACAUGGUACUAGCCGAGUGGAAAAAGCUCCACCUGCCACUCCAGUUGUUAACCAGAUUUACAAUGGAAAGGUCACCACUAUCAUGCAGUUUGGCUGUUUUGUACAAUUGGAGGGCCUACGAGGACGACAUGAAGGCUUGGUGCAUGUUUCACAGCUGCGACGUGAAGGUCGAGUGGCUAACGUAAGCGAUGUGGCUCACAGAGGUCAAAAGGUUAUGGUCAAAGUUCUCUCCAUGGCUGGCAACAAGAUCAGUUUGAGUAUGAAGGAUGUAGAUCAGGAGACUGGAGAAGAUUUGAAUCCUACCAGAUCUAGACAGCAUCCUGAAGGUGAGAUCAGCGAGAUGGCGAGGAAUCCAGACAGGCCUGCAGGAAUCCCUGUGGUACCAGUAUAUGAAGAAGAUGAACCAAACACGAGGCGCAAAGUCCAGAGAAUAACCUCGCCAGAGAAAUGGGAGUUAAAACAGCUGAUUGCAGCUGGUGUAUUGGACAAAGCAGACUACCCAGAUUUUGACGAAGAAACUGGUAUUCUACCCAAGGAUGAUGACUCAGAUGAAGACAUUGAGAUUGAAAUAGUUGACGAGGAGCCCGCUUUUCUGCGAGGACAAACUAAACUGAGUGUCUCCAUGAGUCCUGUGAAAAUAGUAAAGAAUCCUGAUGGCUCCUUACAACGAGCCGCCAUGACUCAAAGCGCGUUGGCCAAGGAAAGGAGAGAACUGAAACAAGCUCAGAGGGAAGCGCAGGCAGAUAGCAUACCCAAAGACCUUGGCAAGCUCUGGAUUGACCCUGUUCCAGAUGUGAACGGUGAUAAGCCAAUCUUCGCUCAGGAUAUGCGGGGAGUCGGACUGGCAAAUGAAGACAUGCCCGAGUGGAAACGAGCUACAUUUGGUGGAAACAAAGCAUCAUAUGGAAAGAAAACAAACUUGACUAUACUUGAACAGAGGCAAGGAUUACCCAUAUACAAACUACGACAAGAACUGCUCAAGGCUGUCCACGAAAAUCAAGUUUUGAUUGUCAUUGGUGAAACAGGCAGCGGUAAAACAACACAGAUUACACAGUACCUAGCUGAAGAAGGCCUUCUUUCGGUCGGAAAACUUGCUUGUACUCAGCCCCGACGAGUUGCCGCUAUGUCAGUCGCCAAAAGAGUGUCUGAAGAGUAUGGCUGUCGACUCGGACAAGAAGUGGGAUACACGAUUCGAUUUGAAGACUGUACAAGCUCCGAAACUAAGAUCAAAUAUAUGACAGACGGUAUGCUGCUGAGAGAGUGUCUACUUGACCCUGAUUUAAAUCAAUACGCCAUCGUUAUUCUCGACGAGGCGCACGAGCGCGGCAUUAAUACCGACGUUCUCUUCGGACUGAUGAAGAAAACUGUGAAAAAGCGUCCUGAUUUGAAGUUGAUUGUAACGUCAGCCACGCUGGACGCAGUGAAGUUCUCGACUUAUUUCUUCGAGGCUCCCAUAUUUACAAUCCCUGGACGAGCAUUUCCUGUUGAGAUUUUGUACACGAAAGAAGCAGAGACGGAUUACCUUGACGCUUCUCUCAUUACUGUCAUGCAGAUCCACUUGACGGAGCCGCCAGGGGAUAUUCUCGUGUUUUUAACAGGUCAAGAGGAAAUUGACACGGCUUGCGAGAUUUUAUACGAGCGUAUGAAGAGCCUGGGACCUGAUGUACCUGAACUCAUUAUUUUGCCGGUGUACAGUGCCUUGCCAUCAGAGAUGCAAACCAGAAUAUUUGACCCUGCCCCUCCUGGAAGCAGAAAGGUAGUAAUUGCUACAAAUAUUGCAGAGACGUCCUUGACCAUUGACGGUAUUUACUAUGUGGUUGAUCCGGGAUUUGUCAAACAAAAAGUCUACAACUCGAAGUCUGGAAUUGACGCUUUGGUUGUCACGCCCAUCUCUCAGGCUCAAGCCAAGCAACGCUCAGGCCGAGCAGGGAGAACGGGUCCUGGAAAAUGCUAUCGACUGUACACAGAGCGUGCGUACAGGGAUGAGAUGCUCCCGACUGCUGUACCAGAGAUCCAAAGAACGAACUUGGCCAGCACUAUCCUGUCACUCAAAGCGAUGGGAAUCAAUGAUUUACUGUCUUUUGACUUCAUGGAUCCUCCGCCUAUGGAGACCAUGAUCUCUGCUAUGGAGCAGUUACACUCCCUCAGCGCCUUGGACGAUGAGGGCCUACUGACAAAACUUGGCAGAAGAAUGGCGGAGUUUCCUUUAGAACCACAGUUGUCCAAGAUGUUAAUUCAGUCUGUUCAUCUUGGCUGCAGUGACGAGGUCUUAACCAUUGUUUCUACGUUGUCCGUACAAAACGUCUUCUACAGACCUAAGGACAAACAAGCAAUUGCAGACCAAAAGAAAGCUAAAUUCCACCAGGCUGAAGGAGAUCAUCUCACUUUACUUGCUGUCUACAAUUCUUGGAAAAAUAACAAGUUCUCAAACCCAUGGUGCUUCGAGAACUUUGUGCAGGCGAGGUCACUAAGACGGGCUCAAGACAUCAGGAAACAAAUGCUUGGGAUUAUGGACAGACACAAGCUUGACGUAGUGUCUUGUGGCAAGACAACAUCUCGGGCGCAAAAAGCCAUAACCAGCGGUUUCUUUCGCAACGCGGCAAGAAAGGACCCACAGGAAGGAUACCGUACAGUCACAGAUAACCAGGUGGUGUACAUUCACCCCUCAAGUGCACUGUUUAACAGGCAGCCGGAAUGGGUGGUGUACCAUGAACUUGUUCUAACAACUAAAGAGUACAUGAGGGAAGUCACUACUGUGGACCCUAAAUGGCUAGUGGAGUUUGCACCUGCAUUCUUCAAGAUGGGCAAUCCCACCAAACUCAGCAAACGCAAGAGGCAGGAGAGAUUGGAGCCGCUGUAUAACAGAUACGAAGAACCAAACGCUUGGCGUAUAUCUCGGGCCUUCAGAAGAAGAUGAAAUACUGUUUAUCGACUCACUUCUUUUAUCGCCGAGACUGCUUGCUGGCUGUGGUUUCGACUGAUGCAAAAUGAGGAAAAGAACUGAAAAAAAACUGGUGGACUGGAAACUAAGUGCUGUCACAUUUGAUGGCUGACUGUAUCGCAUCUUAUUUGGAGUGAAGCAGUAGUUUCUGGAGCCCUCCCGAUAUUUUGAACCCAUUUGCGUUUCCCUCUGAGGUUAGAGGAAUUGGGAUUCCACUCUAAAUAUUUAUAUACAUGUAUGUACAAGACGAGCACAUGAUCGCACUACUGGGUAAUCUAAGGUUAUUUACAGCCUAAAGCCAAGUCAAACAUGAACAGUCUUACAAAAUGAGUGCACAAUACUCCGCUUUUGAUCUCACUUGCCUGCGUUACAGAAGCUAAUAAUAACCUGUGAAGCUACCUGACAAACGCUAAUGAUGAUCUUGAUCGCACUAACCUGUGUCGUUGUUACUGACUUUUGUUGAUCGCACUAGCCGGUGUUGCCAGCGCCACUAAUUGGCUUUCGUUACAAGCCGAGUUAAUACGCAGCUCUUGGUCGCACUGACCAGCUGUGUGAUUUGGCAAGUUUUGUUUCUUACUGCAAUAAAAUAUUCCUGCUCCCGAAGCGCAACUCAGUAUUAGACAAGAAUGCGCUGUCCUCCUCCUUAUCAUACAAGGCUGCAUGACUAGCGCAUAUAAUACCUUGUUCGUUGUCCCACCUGCCUGUGCUACAAGCGUUGAUAACGUCGUGCUCUUGAUUGUACGCUCUUACAAACCUGCUUCUGAUUGCACCAGCCGAGAUGCAAGCGCAUAUAACUCGCUCUUCAACCACAGAAUGUUGCGUGACAGGAACAUAUGUACACUGUUUUGGAUCCCACUCGCAUGUGUGACGCGCUUUUGAUUCCAUGAGCCAUGAUGUAAAGCCCAUAGAAUACCCUGCUCUUGAUCGCAUUGGCGUGCAAAGGAGGUUAUAUGUCACGUCAUGAAUCAAACGCGCGUUAUUGCUACAACUGCGUGAAUUUGGCGAUCUUGGACGUUCUGUGAUCCCUAUUUUUCUUUCAAUAGACCACUUUCUCUAUCGUUUCCCUACGUUUGGCCAAAAAAAAAAAGAAAGAAAAUCCCCCCAAAAAACAAACAUGGCGUCGAUACAGUGAUCAUUAUAUUUGCUCAAUGCCCGCGCCAUCUGUGCUAUUUUUCCUCAAAAAUAAAAAAAGUGCAUUAAUAUUUUAUUUUUUAUAAGAAGAGUAUGUCGAAAAAGUAACAAUGUCAAGAACCCAGAAUGUCUCGGGUGUUUCUUUGUCAGCGAAAGAACUCGGUUAAAUGCAGCAUAGUGAGACUGCGUGCUGUGAAUAGCUUUCUCGGAAACACUCCCAUUUCUCGAGAACUAUUUUUUAGAAUUUCACGAAAUUUGGCAAGGAAAUAGUUUAGAAAAUAAGUUAAUGAAGUAUUGAAAACAAAAUGAAAUUUAACAGCGGAAAUUCUAGAUAUUGCAGUUAUCCUUCAACAAAGGAUAAUUGAAAAUCUGUUAAACCAUCAUUAAAAUAGUGUGAACACUGUUUCAAGCUUGCUGCAUGCAAACGAUGAAAAAGAUCUGAAGACUAGAUGUUCUACAAAUAAGUAAAACCGCUUUCUAUUUAUGUUGCCAUGGUAAUAGCUCGUAAGUCAGCUAAACUAUCAAAAAACCGAAGUCUGUGUUAACUUAAAUCUUGCCAUUUUUGGCGACCAAAUGGAGUCGGUUUUAGAAAAAUACUGAAUGAAUAGGUAUCAAAAACUGUGUUCGGCCACGAUAAGUAUUUAGUUUUAUGGAAAGUAUCGCAACAUUUGAAAUUAUUAAUUCAACAGACUUAUAAGAUAGGUUGCCUCUGUUGACUCAUUUGCAAUAUUUUGAAUUAAAAAGCCUGGAGAGUUUGUUGGUUUCCCUUUGUGUCGCGAAUACAAACGUUGGUGGCGCUUGGAGUGGUUUUGUGCCUUGUCAAAGGGUUUCCAUUAGGGACGGGUGGCAAUAGCAGCGUCAUGUGUCUUGAAAACGAGGCUACUAUAUUGCCUUAACUUGUCAAAUACACACCAAAGGAAUUUCAAUCUCCGCUUUAACAUGUACAAAGCAUUUAAAUGAAAGAAAACUUCUCAACAAAUUUUCGGUUGAGAAGUUUAAGAGGAAACCCACUGCCAACCAAUAUUUGAACCAUGGGUGAGAUUUUCCAACCCAACGACGGUCUCGAAAAAGUUUAGAGAAACGUCGCAGAAAAACGUCGUUUCAUGGUAUAGACUCAAAAUAUUCUGCAAGACUGGAAGAAUCUCUUGUUGGGAAGUGUAGAUAAUGCUUGAGCUAAACUAGCCUGCAGAACAGGCGAUUUAGCACUCAGUGCUUUGCACUCCGGCUGUCCCGCUAAACCGUCUGUUUUACAGGCGAGGCUAAACUACAUCAAUGGUACGGGACAAUGGUACGGAAAUGAAGACAAGAUGGAUCAUCGCAGUUAUACACACAACUUAAGAAGUUGUGAAAUUUAAGGAUCAAGAAAAAGCUCGUUAAAAAAUUCCUAGAUCUUCAGUAGAUCUAUGCCACAGCCAUCUCGAAAUCAGACGGUCUUUCGAAUGACUGGGGGAAGGAGAAAACAUUUGUAAUCAUUUGUUAUUCGUUAUCACUAAUCUUAAGCCGUUAAGAUUUUGUACAACUACACAGGCAAACUACACACUGCUUACUCGAAUGGCAAUUUCAGGACAUUCAAUAAAUGUUGACGUUUUUGUGGG